CUCAUGCUUCACAAUCUUCGUUGUGAGGGCCCAAUGUAUUAGGACACAGUAAUGAAGCAUACAUACAGCAUGUGUUUGAUGCACAUAGAUGCUGAUUUGAUGAGCCAAAUCUAACAUGCAAUUCCUGUGACAAUUGUAUAGCUUUCAGACAGCAGUCAUGUAAUCUUUCAGGUGCAAAGCUAAUAAAAGAUCUCUUUGUAGUGAAGCAUAUGGAACUCAAAUCAGAUGGUUUUGUUGGAGUGGUUCUUUCUAUGGAAGGAGGUGGAGCUCAACAGAACAAGCAGCAGUUAGAACAGCAAUCUGAUAGAGGUGGAUGCUCUCUCCUCCAGCAUCGAUAUCUCGGCGAGUUUGACGGAAUCUACGACCGGCCGCUCGCGUGCUUCGGCUGCGGCAUAGGAUGGGCCUGUUUCAUCUUGGGCUUUGGCUUCCCUCUGCUCUGGUACAUUGCUACUGCUCUUUACUUUGGGAAGUACCACCUCAAGGAUCCAAGGGAAAGAGCAGGGCUUGCAGCAUCUGCAAUUGCAGCUUUGAUUUGUUCUGUUGCAGCAUUGAUCACAUUGGUGGCUGUACAUCUGUAG